AGUAAAAUUAUUGUACAAAAUGAUCAUUCCAAUAGAAAGUAAGGCACUAAUGCUAAAAUAGUACAGAACCUGAGAUACCGAUAUCGUAGCCAAACAUAAGACCACCGCAGGCUGCAAUGAUGUUGCAAACCAAGACCUGUCCGGUGAGCUUGGCUGGGAAAUCCGCAGCCCCUUUCCCAACUGCCAUAAUUGGGGCGGGCAUGGCUUUCGUUUUGCUUGUUUUCGGGGCCGUGGGUGAUAUUAUCAGAAAUCUCCUGGGAGGUUUCUAAGAUUGACCCAUUUAUUUAUGCCCGGGUUGCUUAUGGCCUAUAAAACCCUAUUCAUCCAGAGCUUAGGGCAAACGUUAGAAUGGCGCUUCGGCGAGUUGUCCUGAACACAGCGAGAUCCAUAUCCAUGGUCGGCUAUCAGCUGAAAGGCGGUCACGGGAGGGGGUUUUUGGGAGCAAUCAACAGCGGCCUCGACAAUUACUCUUACCUGAACAAUCGUAAGAUCAGCCCUUUUGUCUCCUUUUCCCGUCGUCACUACCAUCUACCGCCUCCUCCGCCCGUAAAAGUUUUCUAUGAGAUACCCGAAGGCGGCUUUAAUUUUCCCAUCGACAAUCCUGAGGACGACGAUAGCACCAAAGAAUGUGCUCAGUUUGCAGCGAAGGCUCACAACGAGGUCUCCCAGGAUGGAGGAGAAGAUCAUGUGCGGUUUGUGAGGUUGGUAAGAGCAUGGAGAUCGAUUAAUCUUUGCGAAAGUUAUCAUAUGAUGCUGGAGGCUGUGGAUGGAAAGGGUGAGGUCAAUCUUUACUAUGCAGAAGUUAUUCGCGAUCCAUUAGAAAAUUUGACAAAGUUGGUUAAGUGGGAGCUGGUGGACCAGUCCUUUUCAUACCCUUUUGAAGAAGCUAGAUUGAGUGAACAAGUCAAAGAAGAGGUACGACGAUUGGAACAAUUUUAUCAAGAGAUGCCACAGGAAAUGGAAAAGAAGAAUGAUUUGGGCAGAGAAUCAAUCUAUAACUUUGCAUAUGGUGCAUGUCCUACUCUCAUACUUGAUACAAUCUGCCCAUAUGCUAUGCUUGGAAUGCCUCGUGCUUCGAUAAGAGACUUACAUAAGAAUGAGAUUGACGAAGUAAAUUGAACAAAGAGGCGUUUAUGGAACGAGGUGCAAAUGUGGCCAGCACUUUCGCAUUGAUCUUCAAUGCUUCCCCAGCUACGCUUCUGUUCACAUAUUAGAAACCUCUACUUUCUGUUUCCUGCUCUUAUGAGAUUGUCAUUAUUUAUAUUGGUAUGAUGUUUGAAUUUCCCUUAUAUAUAUAUAUAUAUAUAUAUAUAUAUAUAUAUAUAUAUUUAUGGUGAAUUACUGAACUAUGUGUCAACCAAAUUCUCCGUUUGCCCUUGACUAUUUGUGCUUGGACCAACUUCCUCUUUUAGGGUUCGUUUGGUUUAGGAAAAUAUUUUCCAUGGAAGUCAUUUUCCUGAAAAAUCACUUCCUUCUCCACAAUUUUCCAGUGUUUGGUUAUUUAGUGAAAAUAUUUUUCAAAUUCCUUUUUUCAUAAUUUUCCGGUGUUUGGUUUGUCAGUGAAAAUAUUUUUUGACUUCCUUUUUUAAUGUUUGUUGAUAUGUUGCAAAUGUUUUUCUAUUCUCAAAACAUUCAUCUCAUUACAAGCGUUUUUUAGCUUCUAUCCAUUAUAAUCAUAUUAUCAUUUUUAUAAAAUAUUUAUUCAAAUUAUACCAUGAAUUUUUAAAUGGAAUUAUUAAUGACACUAAUGAAUUGGUUUUUGAUCUUCCUUUUAAAAAAAAUCAUUAAGGGGGUGAAGUGGAUUCAAUACAAUUCAUUGUGUAAGAAAAUGGGCGAUUUUGAUUGGACAUGGGAAAAGGAUGCUUGCUUGUCCUAUUCAUACCACUGGAAAGUAACCAGCGAGAUUGUAGCGGUCUAGCAUCAAUUAACAUGCCCCUACCAUUUGGCUCAACAUUAAACUGUCUUGCUAUUGACACUGAUAAGCAGACACUUUGUUAACUCGUCUGAGCAUCAAGCAGCCAUACUAGCAGUGAAGAUGCUAUGGUAUAGCGUUCACAACACAGAAAGGCAAGGAUCAUAGCAUACAAUACUGCAGCAAGUAUCAAUCAGUUUUAUAUGUAGAUCACAACAUGAAGACCUAUAAGAAGGAUAUAGAAUGGGUAGAAAAGCUCUGUUCUGUUCACUAUGUUACGAGGUAGCAAAAUUAGCCGGGAUUGCGUAAGGAAAGAGACUUGGAACGUUAUAAACCAGCAAAGAGGAAGAAAGGGCCAAAAACUGUGUAUUAGAAAGGAGCGUUUUUGCAGUUUCAAGCACAAUGAAUUACCAUAAACAACCAGAAGGCGUUAGCUAAUAUGGACAAGAACUAACAAGGCAGCAAUAGUUCCAACCACCAAACAUAUAUUUACAACAAUCAUGUAUACAGGAUUUGUUUUUGCAAAUAUAAGCAAGGUUGUGCUUUGAAUUCCCUAAGCAAAGGUUACAAAUCUGUGGAGCCGUUUCUGGAAAGGGCAAGAUUGCUUCUGACUGAAGCAUGAGAACUACCAAGACGUAGGUGCACUGAGACCCUCCUGAAGAUGAUGUUUGGCACUUGGGGUGGUAGCCAGCCCGUGUUGCCAGCAGUGUGGCCUUCCAAAGAUUGAGCUUCACCUGAUAUGACAUUAGUCCGUCCCUUCCUUAUCUUUGACCUGCUAAUCUUUUUUCCAACAAAAAGGCCCAGCUUCAUAGUAGUAAAUGGACCCAAAGCAAUCAGAAGUGGCCGGACUGCCCAGUGAAAAUCCUCAAGGUGCUGAUACUUUUUCAGCACUCCAGGAGAAGCGCUAAAACAAACACACUGAACUUCAGCUGGAUUAGCUAAAAAGCUGCUAUUUUCAUUACCAAAUGUCAACUUACCAGGAAACCUAACAACAAGGCACCCAUUUGGUAAGACUUGACAAAUUCUCCCAGUUGCCCACUCGCCACCUCUUUUUCGGGGCCAUUCAAAUCGAGGAUUAAAUGUAUCAGACUUCAGCCUA